AUGGACGACGACUUGCGUGAGCAUGAGGAACACCCUGACGACAAGGAAGUGCGGGAAGAAGAACGCCGCCAGUAUAUAAAUGAAUGGGUUGAGAGAUAUUCGUGGGAUUACAAUUGUAAUUAUGACAGGGACUCUGAUGAUCCAGAGCCCGACUACCCGAAAGGCGAUGACGAACUCAAACCCGAGCACGACAUAUCUGAGGACGAUGAGAAGGCAGGCGAUGAAUAUUAUGAUUCAUAUCUUGAUUAUAUGGACUAUGAAGAUGAAGAGCCUGCCGUAGAGAAAGAGAAAGUAGAGAAGAAGGCUAUGAGCUUCAAUGAUGUCAUGCAAAAAUAUCCAGGCAAAGGUGAACGCAAAGUAGGGGUCUAUAAGCCGCCGCCGCAAUAUGAUCUGGGCUCCGAAUCUGGGGAUGGAGACCCGGAGUUUGUGCUAGAAGGGAACGUGUGUGGUGUGUGUAAGCGUAGAAAUAUUCAGGUUGUGUAUGUAACGUGCGGCCAUGGCGCUUGCGUAUGCUGUGCAAAGCGGGUGUGGUGUAAAGGAAGGAUGAUGAGGUUUAGGUUUCCGACAUGGCUGAGGUGCCAGGAAUGUAAAGGUAAGGUGAAUACAGUGAACCUCGUCAAUGGGGAAGAGGUGAUUGGAGUGAGGCUGAAGGUGUUGGAGUGGAUUGUCCAAGUUUCGGAGAGGAUUCAAAGGAUGUGGAAGGCGAGGUAUUGCGAGUGA